GUCUAGGGUUCAGGGAUAAAAGACCCGCUCCUGUCCCGCAGGCAACUGAGCGCCGGCCCGCCCGCCCGCCCACCAGCCGCCGCCGCACCGCCACCGCGCGACCUCCCUUCUUCGCCGCAAACCGCUCUGGGCGCUUGAAGAUGGCGGUGCCGCUGUUGACUCAGAAGAUCGUGAAGAAGCGGGUCAAGCAGUUCAAGAGGCCCCACCUCGACCGCUACAAGUGCCUCAAGCCAAGCUGGCGCAGGCCCAAGGGUAUCGACUCCCGUGUCAGGCGGAAGUUCAAGGGAUGCACCUUGAUGCCUAACAUUGGAUAUGGCUCUGACAAGAAGACCAGGCACUACCUCCCCAACAAGUUUAAGAAGUUUGUCGUGCACAAUGUUUCUGAGCUGGAGUUGCUUAUGAUGCACAACAGGACAUACUGCGCUGAAAUCGCACACAACGUGUCCACUAAGAAGCGCAAGGAAAUCGUGGAGCGAGCUGCUCAGCUUGACAUUGUGGUCACCAAUAAGCUUGCCCGUCUCCGCAGCCAGGAAGAUGAGUAAACUGUUUCUAGCAGUAGUUUUGGAAUGGUGCGGCUUUAGAGGACUUGCUGUGUAUGAUGAUUCAGUUAUCAUUUCUUUUUGCUUCAUGAUUCUGAGUACUGUGAACCCACUUGCUAUCAGUAGCAACUUAACUGUGGCACUGUUAUUAUCUUUUACCAUC